GUUUUAUGAACUGUACAAAUUUAUAUUAAUCAUUACUAGGUCAUGUAAUCAUGUUUACCACAUGCUUAAUUGAUCAUUCCUAUGUUUGAAAAAAGGGUUUACUCUUGUGGAAUGCUGGUUCAUCUGAGUUGUAAAAAUUAUGUAAGCAGGUUAUUCGAAUUGUUCUUUUAGGGUGCUUACGGGAAUUUGGCUAUCCAACUUUCUGAUUCUGAUUGGGCUAAUUUUGGAUGGGCCGUGACAUCCAGCCCAAAUGUAUUAGGUCCGUUUUGGCUCUUCUUAUACUCGUCGGGAACUGUGCGUGCUGAUUUCUUCUUCUUCUUUCUCAAGCUGUGCGUUUUACCGAGACAAUUUCUUCUCUCUUCUUUUUGCCGGUUUGCGCCCAUGGCUGCCCGUUUCUUGUGGCGAGCUCAAGCAAAGCUCGCGGUAGCAGCUACCGCACUUGUCACCGGCGGCGGUGCUGCGGCAAUUGCUACUUCCGAUGAUCCAGCAACCACGCUCAAGGUUUGCACCACUGUCCCCCUUCGCCUUGUCCGCGACUCCGUAACUGCCGCCUCCAUCGCUUUCGAUUAUGAGUACUCGUUGUUUGGAUUGCCGGAAGGAAGCGAGGAGAGGGCGAAAGUUAAACAUGAAGUUCACCUUAGGUCUGCUUGUAAGCUACGGGAACUAUGUUUCAGAAAUGGAGGCAUAUACAUUAAGCUAGGUCAACACAUCGGGCAACUGGAAUAUCUAGUACCUCAAGAAUACGUUCAGACAAUGCGGGAGUCGAUGUUGAACAGAUGUCCAGUGUCUUCGUAUGAUCAGGUGCGCCAAGUUGUCAAGAAAGAGCUCGGGGAGGAACCAGAUAAAUUAUUUAGCGAGUUUGAUCCUGAACCGAUAGCUAGUGCCUCUCUCGCACAAGUUCAUGUUGCUCGCACGUUUGAUGGCCAAAAAGUUGCUGUGAAGGUGCAGCACACACACAUGACAGAUACAGCUGCUGCAGAUCAUGCCACGGUGGAUAUGAUUGUGAAUGCUCUACAUUAUGUUUUCCCUUCAUUUGAUUACAGAUGGUUGAUUGAUGAAAUGAGUGAGAGUUUGCCCAAGGAACUGGAUUUCUUAGUUGAAGCAAAGAACAGCGAGAGAUGUAUUGAAAAUUUCUGGAAGCUAUCUCCUCAUAUAGCAGCUUAUGUUUAUGCACCAAGGGUUCAUUGGAACUUAAGCACUUCGAAGUUACUGACCAUGGAAUAUAUUGACGGUGCACACGUGAACGAUAUCAAGACGAUUCAUAAACUUGGUCUCAAACCUAAGGAAGUUUCAACGUUGGUUAGUCAAGCAUUUGCUGAAAUGAUGUUUAAGCAUGGAUUCGUGCACUGUGAUCCCCAUGCUGCUAACUUGAUAAUUCGCCCUUUUCCUUCUGGAGGAGGGAACAUUCUAGGCAAGAGAAAACCACAGUUGGUGCUCUUAGACCACGGUCUAUACAAGGAACUAGAUUUCUCUACUAGAUUUAACUACGCCUCGCUUUGGAAGGGUCUAGUAUUUGCUGAUGCAAAGGCCAUAAAGGAAAAUUGCGUUAAACUUGGAGCUGGAGAAGAUCUAUAUCCACUCUUUGCUGGUAUCCUCACCAUGAGGCCUUGGAACAGAGUCAUUGACCCAGCUGUUGAUCAUUUGGUGAUAAAGGGCAAUGACAGUGAUCGCUCGGAACUACAGAUGUACGCAUCUCAGUAUUUCCCCCAGAUCUCUGAGCUCCUGAGGAGGCUUCCCCGGGUUAUUCUGUUGAUGCUGAAGACAAACGACUGUCUACGGGCUGUCAACAAUGCUUUGCUGCAGGAAUCAUCACUAGAUACAUUUUUCAUCGUUGGAAAGAUCUCGUCAGAGGCAGUUAUCGAUGCAAAGAAGUCGCAGAGGAGAUUUAACAUCCUAGCUUGGAUCGACGUGUGGUUGGACGAACUGCGGUUGGAAGCUCGUCUUCUGGGGAUGAAGUUCGCGCUUUGGCUGCUUAAAUUCCGCAGAGCUUUAACCGGGUGAAGACCGGAAACCGAGAUCAGCCUCUCAUACUCAUUUUGGUUGUAACUUUUAUAUAAAUAUGAAAACCAGAGAUGUAUUAUUCUUUGCCAUCGUUCACAGCCCCAGUUAGCAGGAGCUGUGAACUUGGACCUAACUCAUUUAUUUCUUCCCUGGAAAGGGGGAAGCGGAUAGAUAUACAUCAAAUCACUUCAUACAGGUAUUUUUGUCUACUCUUUAAAAUCCCAUCGCGGGAAGACACAAACAUGAAUAGGAAUUCUUGUUGAGUUGUUGUAUCAUUUUGGAGGCACCCAAAUAGCACAUUGGCCGCACCAUUGUUCAUUUGUUUGGACGUGAUGGAAUAAUCACUCAUCUAUGAGUUGAGAUGGGAUGACUAGAGCUGUCUUUAGCUCUAUUUCAUUCGUUUUUUUGGUUGUAGGCUAGUAGUUACUUCAUUCGUUUGAUUUCUCCUAUUGUUAAAUUAAUUUGUUGCGUUAAUAGUCAAUAAACAUUUAUAUUAUAUAUUGGAUUUGAUGGAACGCCUCCAAAAUAAUGAUGUAACGGGUUCAAUUGUAGGAUGACAACAAAACUGGAACUCACGGGUACCCUACCUGACCCAACUCAGUCAACGCGGGUAAAAUUCGUGUUGAUGGGUUUUGGGUAGGGUUUGGGUUUAAAUCCGUUCACUAUUCAUCGGGUUGAAUUGGGUUUGGGUUUAGGUAAACCCGCCCCAUGGGUACCCGCCCACACUCAUAUAAUUAAUUUUUUUGGUAUAUAUAAUAUUCUAAACAACUAAUUUGUGGAGACAUGUCUAAUUUUUUCUUUCUAAUUGUGUAGAAUGAAUUUGAUAUUAUCGAGUGGAGAGUGAAGAAGCUUAAUUGACAAGGAUGAAGAAGCUUUCAAUUAAUCAUGUUGUUUAUGGAUAAUUUGUGAUUUGCUUCAAUUUUAUUGAGUUUUCUAGAUUGGUGUUGAACAAUUUGUAUGGUUAAUUUGUGAUUUACUUGAAUUUUCUAGAAUGGUGUUUUAUAUAUGGAUAAUUUAUAUUGAGAGAUUGAUAUUUGAUUUUUAUUUUGAUAGGAAGUUGUACUGUAAAAUUUUUAUGAAAAAACCCAUGGGUACCCAUGAACCGGCGGAUACCCAGUGGGUUGGGUUUGAGUUUUUCAAACCCAGUGGAUUUUACUCCAGGUUUUUUUCACGGAUAAACCCAUGGGUUUGGAUUUGACAAAACCCAACCCAUUGCCAUCCCUGUUCGAGUGUGAGUGUGGGACUGGUUUUCAUGUAUAUAAUUUUCGAACCAUGGUUAAAAUCGUAACCAUUCCCAUUAUCAAAAAACUAUGCGGGACGUAAUAUGUUAUACCAAAACCAAUCAACAUGCGAUUUUGGAUAAUCUCCACCAUCUCCAAACAAUCAUGCACAAAGAUAUAAACGUUUUUUUUAACG